CAUCAUCAUUUUCAAACGCAAUUUUUUAACUAAAUUCGAACGAAUUUGUUCAAAAAAAUUAUGCAGUUUUAUAAAAAGAAUAUAAAAAAAAUCGCAGAGCAAAUUUUUUAAAUUAACUUUUAAUCUGAAGUGAAAAUAGUACCAUGGACAAGGGUGAAGGACAAGUGUCCCAUGUGCUGGGGACUGUUUUGAAACUUUCUGGAUGGUUGGGUAUAUGUCAGUCCAUUGCUUGGUUUAUUUUAAGCGUUUUGGUGAUUUCUUCAUAUUUUUGCGCUUUUGAAUUCUUAGAUGUUGUUGCCAAUGGAGACUCUUUUUCUCAAGCUGCAUUUGUUUUCUUUUUUGAUUCCUCAUGUAGUGGUAUACCACCUAUCAUCCCUGAUCUUGAAACAAGUCCACAGUCUUAUACGAUUAUAAUGUUUUUCUUUUUAUUCUCAACCAUUGUCUGGUUCGUGGCGUCCAUCAUGCUUCUAGUUCAGAAGGGCAGUGAUAAUACUAUUGGUAAACCUAUAAAAUUUUUCUGGUCAUUCUUGACUUUGUUUAUUUGCACUUUGGAUUUGGCGUUGGCUGUUAUGUUUGGUAUGAAUUACCAAUAUUUCAAAGAUCAUAGCAUUAUGAACCAAACCAAUUUUGGAACAUACGUUUCGGCAAUUUUCGUCGGAAUUGCAAUGAGAGGUUUUGUUUUGUGGAUUAUUAACGCCGGUUGUGCUCUCUAUAUUCUGACACGAGCAAUGACCAAUGUCAAAGAAAACACGAAGUCUUACCCUCAACAGAAUUAUUCGGGAGCACAUUUGGACGCAUAUGAUAAUCAAAGUCCACAAGGUUACAACAACAAUGCCUACGACUGGUCCGAUCGACCAAAUGAGCCAAUCAAACCAUCUCCCCUAAACCCUCCAUUCUCGCCCCGAAGCCACCAGGACGACCGUGGCUCCAACUUGAAUUAUCCAGUGAGCAAUCCAAAUUCACCAGGAUACGGAACCCCCCCACCAGUGUUGCCAAAACCUGCAGUCGUGGGAAACACCAGAUUUGCAAGAAAACCUACGCCGAUUCAAACGACGGAUUACGAUAAUCCUGCUACGCGGUAUGGAAGCCGUAUGCCAGUUAUUCCACAGCCUGAUUACGAUGCUCAAGGUCUUCCAAGGGCCCAUUUGAGACCUGUGACUGCACAGCCGUACAACUAUGGUAACAGAGCGAGAGAGCAGUAUUAGUAGUCGUAUGAGUUAGAAAGAGAUGUACAUAUAUAUACA